AUGUCACCUGAAGAUACCUGGAGUUAUUUCCUCAUGCACUUCAUUUCUCGGCGGCUGGAUCGUGAAACUCUUGAAGCGUGGGAGAUCCACCUUAGAAAUGCAACUGAUCCCGCAUCCUUCGAUCAACUUGAGAAGUUUCUCGACGGACGCAUUCGUGCACUGGAACUCAGCGGACCUCAACCUGCCACUCGCUCGAAGCAGGCGCAAUCGGCGAAAUCUUCAUCAUCGACUUCGAAAUCAAAACCAGCGCGUUCUCACGUCGCGUCCGUGAAGGCGACGACCUGUUCGUGCUGCAGUGCUUCGCAUUUCAUCGCCUCGUGCCCGGACUUCGCUCGCAAAUCUCUUUCUGAGCGCCGCGACUUCGUUCGCUCCAAACGGUUGUGUUUCAAUUGUCUCGGCGAACAUCUUCUAACCGAUUGUCGCACAGCGAAGCGCUGCCGCACUUGUAACGAGCGACAUCACACGCUUAUUCAUCCGGACCGCUCGCUAUCGUCAUCAUCAGAGCUGCCUCCUUCUGCGGCACCUCCGCCAUCCAACUCAACGCAGUCUAACGCUUCGCUCACUCGCUUCAGUACUCAGAGGCCUCCAUCAGCGUUCUCUUCAGCAGCGACUGCACUCUUGCAUUGCGCAACCUCGGCCAACGAAGCCAGCAGGCCGAUAACUCUUCUCGCCACCGCACUCGUGAAUCUCGAAGCUGCCUCCGGUCAGGUCGUCAAGGCUCGGGCUCUCCUUGAUCAAGGAUCCGAGCUCUCUUUUAUCGGCGAAUCUCUUGCGCAAUCGCUUCGCCUUCCGCGCCGAAACGCUACCGUUUCUGUACUCGGAAUCGGGUCGCAACGCGCCGGAUCAACUCGCGGUGCCGUGGUUUUCACCUUAUAUUCGCGCACGGAUCCGUCCUUCAAGUGCCCUGUGACCGCGUACAUUUUACCGAGAUUAACCAGGCUCAUACCCGUCUCGCCAGUGAACACAACCUCGUGGUCGCAUCUCCACGGCAUCGAUCUCGCUGAUCCGGAUUACGCAACGCCCGGUCGUGUGGACAUUAUUCUCGGUGCUGACACCUACGGGAUAUUCGUCCGCGAUUCGGUGCGUCGAGGAUCACCGGACGUUCCCGUGGCUCAAUCAACCUCGCUUGGCUGGAUCGUAUCCGGACCAGCUCCAGACUCUCGCGCAAUCAUUUCGAGCUCGUUUAGCUCCGUUACUGCUGCCGUGGAUCAUGAACUUCACGAGUUGCUAGCACGAUUUUGGCAUCAAGAAGAAAUCAAACCAUCCAUCGAAUCUCGUCGCACGCCUGCAGAAGAAGAGUGCGAAGCUCAUUUCGCAUCAACGCAUUCGCGAACCCCGUGCGGUCGGUACGUGGUCCGACUGCCUUUCCAUUCAUCGCCGAAUACACUCGGUGACUCUCGUGCUGCCGCCGUCAGAAUGCUGCAAAAGGUUCAACGCCGUAUCGCCUCCGACGCGACCUUCGGCAAGCUCUAUGCCGACUUCCUCAGGGAGUACGAGUCGCUAGGACACAUGGUUCGCGCGCCUCCAGCUACAAAAUCUGCGGCUUAUCUGCCGCACCACGGCGUUCUCCGCGAAAGCAGCACCACGACGAAACUCCGCGUCGUCUUCAACGGCUCGCUGCCGACAACGACAGGCAAGUCGCUCAACGAUUGUCUACACAUCGGGCCGAAAUUGCAGCGCGAUCUCUCUGAUGUGCUCAUGCGGUGGCGUCGCCACGCAUACGUCUUCCUCGCCGAUGUUGAGAAGAUGUUUCGGCAAAUUCUCGUGCACCCGGACGACCGGGAUCAUCAGCGCAUCUUGUGGAGCGAAAGUGGAGAUCCUAGUGAAUUUCUUUUGUGCACCGUCGCUUUCGGCCUUGCGUGCUCCCCAUUCAUAGCGCUCAAGGUGUUCCUCCAGCUCGCUUCUGACGAGGGAGAUCGCUUCCCACUGGCUGCCGACGUCGUGAGAUCUGAUAUGUACGUCGACGACGUACUCUCCGGCGGAGAUACGAUCCCGCUAGCAAAGGCCAAAGCUCGCGAGUUAACUCAGCUCUGCAUGGCGGGCGGAUUCCCGCUGCAAAAAUGGAUGGCGAACGAUAGUGCCAUCUUAUCAGAGGUUCCAGCAUCAAAACUCGGCUUCACUCAGUCUCGUACUUUCGAGGAAGACAAUCUCGCUUGCGCCCUCGGACUCGCCUGGAAUCCGUCGUCAGACGCCUUCGAGUUCCAGAUCCAGCUCUCACAGCUACCGCACCCGUUAUCAAAGAGGACAGUUCUCUCUCUAAUUGCAAGGAUGUUCGAUCCCCUCGGCUGGAUCACGCCGAUUACUAUCACCGGGAAAAUUAUUCUCCAGCAGCUCUGGAAAUGCAAGCUUGACUGGGACGAUCCGCUUCCACCGGCGCUCACCCGUAUCUGCUCCAACUUUCAACAGUCUCUCUCCUCCGUCGCUCGCUUGUCAGUGCCGAGAUGGAUUGGUCUUUCGGCCAGUGCGCUCGCUGUGGAAGUCCACGGAUUCUCGGACGCUUCUCAGGAUGCGCUCGGUGCAGUGGUCUACAUCCGCGUAUUCAGCGAGUUAGAUGACGUGCGCGUGACAUUGCUCAUGGCAAAAAGCAAGGUUGCACCUCUCGCGAAGCAGACUAUUCCGCGGCUUGAACUCACAGCGGCCGUUCUUCUUACCCGGUUAGUGGUGCGCGCUCGCUCGACUCUCAACAUCGACGAUGCACCGGUGCAUCUUUGGACGGAUUCAAGCGUGGUGCUCGCUUGGAUCCGUGGGCAUCCGUCUCAAUGGAAGGAGUACGUCGCAAACCGCGUCGCUCUCAUCCAGGAAUUGCUGCCGCACGCCCGUUGGCAUCAUGUUCCCGGAACGGAGAACCCAGCUGAUUGCGCAUCGCGAGGACUUCCGCCGCAGCUCCUAGCCACUCACGAUACGUGGUGGCACGGCCCUGCUUGGCUCGCCCGGCCAUCCACGUCGUGGCCCACGAAGUCACCACCAGUCGAGCAGACCAUCGACCUCGAGAUCCGACCAGCCCGAGCACACGCAUCAACCGCAUCGGUUGAGCCGACAUGGGAGCUCCUCGCCAAAUACUCGUCGCUUCGCCGCCUCGUUCGGAUCACCACGUGGAUACGGCUCUCGGUCGAGAGAUUUCGACAACAGCGCCUCCACUGUGCCGCACCCACGCCUCUCGAUCUCUCCUCCGCCGAGACUUUUUGGAUUAAAGUCACUCAACAAGCUCACUUUCACUCGGAGCUCGAAGCUCUAUCUCGCAAUGCUGAGCUUCCUCGAUCGCAUCCUUUCCUGCGCCUUGCUCCGUUCCUUGACAACUGCGGCAUCCUUCGAGUCGGCGGACGCCUCCGGAACUCGCUUCUCGAACCCGAAGCGAAGCAUCCAGUACUGCUUCCUCGCAACAGCAGACUCUCGACGCUCAUCUUGGAUGACAUCCAUCAACGCACUCUCCACGGCGGGGUUCAAGUUAUGCUCGCCACCCUCAGGCAGCGAUUUUGGAUUCUCGGAGGACGUACUCCCGUCGCUGCCUUCGCCCGACGCUGUGCCCGAUGUGCUCGCUAUCGAGCCUCAACCGUUCGGCAACUCAUGGGGCAACUACCGGCUUGUCGUGUCACACAGGCACGACCCUUUCUCCACACCGGCGUCGACUACGCCGGUCCGUUCACUGUUAAAACGUGGCGCGGUCGCGCCGCCCGAUCGUAUAAAGGAUUUCUCGUCGUUUUCGUUUGUCUCUCCGCUUCCGCCGUCCACUUGGAGCUCGCGACUGAUUAUUCCACGCAAGGAUUCCUCGCUGCCUACCGCCGCUUCACCAGUCGCCGUGGAAUCUGCGCCGUUUUGAGGAGCGAUCGCGGCACGAAUCUAGUCGGGGCCGACGCUGAGCUAAGACGACUCUUCAACUCAGCGUCCAACGAAGCUAUGGAUCUCGCGCAUACUCUCGCCUCCAGCGACACCGAAUGGCGCUUCAAUCCGCCCGGCGCACCGCAUUUCGGCGCUCAAAUCGAGGCCGUCUUAAAUUCUAGACCUCUCUCCCCGCUCUCCGACGAUCCGUCGGAUAUCGAAGCGCUCACACCGGCGCACUUUCUUAUCGGUGAGCCACUCUCGUCACUCCCGGAACCGUCGACGGACGAUAUUCCGCAAGCUCGUCUCUCCCGCUGGCAACUGCUGCAAAAGGUGCGAGACCAAUUCUGGCGCCGCUGGUCAUCGGAGUAUCUCCAACGCCUUCAGGACCUCUCAAAGUGGCAACGCCCGGUUAAAUCACUCGGGGUUGGUUCGCUGGUGUUACUCGCUGACGAGCGAUAUCCACCCUCGCGAUGGCCCCUUGCGCGAGUGACGGAAGUGCAUCCGGGUCAAGAUGGUCUAGUGCGCGUCGCGACAGUGAAAACACAGUCCUCGACGUUGAAACGGCCAAUCGUCAAGCUGUGCCCGCUGCCGAUAGACACUGAUGACUCGAAUUAA